GAUCAUGGUCUGCACUGUUCGCUAUUCAGUCAGUAAAGUUUCAGUGUAAACCACUUUGAAUAAUAAAUGGUACUGUCCAAAUUGAAAGAUGGAUCAGUCCAUUAUAGAAAUAUAGCAGGGUAAGGGUUAAUGACGAUCGAAAUAGUACUCACGUCUCAAAAUGGCGACAGGUGGGUGUGAAGAAACUUCUGAUGAGAUUUUUAACUUUAAAUGUACACCUUGUUCUAAAAUCAACAGACACAGAGAAGCCGUGAAAUAUUGUGUGGAAUGUCAGGGAUACUGUUGUCAGUCGUGUGUUGACAUGCACCAAGCAUUUCCUGCUAUACAAGGACAUAAACUGCUCGAUAAAUCAAGCUUCAAGACUACAAUUUUGACAACAAACCUUCCAAGUGUUCCUACAGAGAUAUGUACCAUACACGAGAUAAAGAUUCUGGACAUGUACUAUGGUAACCAUGACGUUGUUGGAUGUACAAGCUGUAUGGCGCUACAUCACAGGAACUGCACAGACAUCCAGCUUGUGUCGGAUGUUGUCGAAACUAUGUUUAAGAAGACGGGCGUUGAUGAAACUCAUCUGAAAUUACAAGAGAAGAAUAUAGCAAUAGAAAAUAUUAAAACAUCCAGAGAAGCUCUUCUCGAAACGCUGAAUAAAUCAAAAACGGAUGCAGUCAAUGAAAUAAAAGCAUUUAGAGCAGAAAUGGAAACGAUGCUUCAAAAAAUGGAAAAGGAAUCGAUAAAAGAAGUAGAUAAAGAAUACCAAACAAUGAAUGCAAUGCCGCUGGAGGAGAUAAAGAAAUCCGAAAACCAGAUUAUUGGCCUCAAGCGAGCUGCGGACAGCAUUAAACAAUCCGACGGAAAUGUAGCUCAGCAGUUUGUUUCCAUAAAAACAGCACAGAAGAUUAUUGCCCAGGCUGACGAUAUUAUAAACUCAUUCUAUGCACAUUCACAUGCAAAGAUAUCAUUUGCUGCUGACCAAAGUGUGUUGGGAUUUCUACAAAAACUGAAUACGUUUGGGUCGGUCACCCGCGAUACAGCCUACUCAGUCAAGGGAACCAGAGAAAUGAAUAUAAGAGUACAGAGUGACACAUCAACCUGCUCUGUAUUUGGGUCAUGCUUAACACAAGGAGGCAAGCUACUACUACCUGACUUCAACAAUAAUAAGUUAAAACGUGUCGACAUUGGAAAACUAUCGGUAGAGGACUACUGUGACUUUUCCUUUGGUCCACGCGGUGUGUGUUGUAUAGGUAACCAGGAAGCAGUUGUGACAUUUGAUAAUUAUACCAUCCAGUUUGUCUCCCUUGGCAAUCAGAUGAAACUUACACAUGACAUAAAGCUGAAUCAUCCCUGUUUCGGUAUUGCUUAUAAGGAUGACAAACUUCUGAUAACUAAUAAUGGCACGUCACUGUAUAUACACGACAUGGCUGGAACGCUACUGCAGACGAUAUCCAAAGACAGUUCCGGAAAUGAUCUGUUAACUUAUUGCCGCCAGAUUGCUUUCAGUGAUUCCGGAGAUAAAAUGUAUGUGGCUGACAGGUUCAACAAUAUAGUCACACUAGAUAGACAGGGAAAACACUGCAACAAUUUCAUUGAUUCUGACUUGACCAAUGGUAUUGGUGUCUGCACAGAUAGAAAAGGGAAUGUAUUUGUUUGUGCAUAUGAAUCAAAAAAUAUUAUGCAAAUAAGGCAAAAUGGACAAAAAGUUGGCAUUGUAGUAAAACCAACAGAUGGACUGAUUCGACCAUGGUCCAUUACUUUUAGUCCAAAGAUGAAUACUUUAUUUGUUACCGACGAUAACAAUGACAACGUUAAAGUCUUUGAAUUGCAGUAGUGACAAUACUGUAAAAAAUAAUUGACUUGCUAUAGUAGUAUAUGAAAUAUACUGCACAAUCUUUUCUCCUUCUAGAAGCGAGAUAAGAUCAUAUUUCAAGAGGAAAGAAACUUCACAAAAUCGACAUAUUUUGUUAAAAAUUUUAUAACGUCUGUCAACAAAAACACUUUUAACAAUGUGACAAUACGAUACAAUUUUUAUCAAGUAUACAUGUAUAUUAUUGUACAGGAGGUUGCUGUACAAUACAGUGGAAAGAUAAUAAGGCCUUUCAGUUUUCGGCCAGCAAAACUCGAAUGUGCAGUUCAAGAUUAAUAGUCUGACAUCACUGUUUAAAAAAAAGGAAGGUAUAAGAUAAAGCUGUAGGAUAUAUGAAUGCAAUAAACAUUGUAUAACUACAAUUAUACGUAAUGAAUAUAACAUUUGCUUACAUUAAUCAUACCUUAAUCAUUACAUUUCAUGUUUAUAUGAAAACUGCAUUAUUUGCAUAUGAUUUUCAAGGACGGGCCACUAUAAAACUUCUAAGGCCCAGCGCGAUCAGUCUUUUUUUAUAAACAAUAACUAUA